AUGGGUUUAUCAAACCUUCUGCGGCCUCGCGAGCCGAAGCUGCCGCUCUACAAGAAGGUCAGCUCUCCGACUAAGGAACGAUACUCGGACGACGACUACUCUACCGACGACGAAGAUGAUGAUGAGCCUUACUCCCCCGGCAGCUCGCCGGGUUCCUCAAGAAAUACAUCUGGGUCUGCCUCGAGCGGACUUUUGAUGCUGCCCAAGCACAAGAAGAAGCCGCUCCCUCUAGGCCGGAAGAUCGCCCGAGUGUACCCAUACCGACUACCCACAAAGGUCACACGGUACCUGUUGUGUUUCGUAAUAGGCUUCAUCAUUGUCCUGAUCGUGACCCUGGUGCGAGCCAGCCAGGUGGAGAACUGGAAGGUCGCGAAUGGCCAGGUAAAGAGUCGGCCGCCGCCUCCUCCCGCCUGGGAGAAGUUCCCAUUUCUGGAGAGAUACUAUGGAGGACUGAAGAAUAUGGUUACGAUGGAGGAGAUCAAGCCCGAGUGGCCCCACGUUAAGGACGAGCCCUCAAUGUUGGGCGAGGGCAACGAGUGGAACAAGCAGAACGAGGUCAAGGGCAACAAGGAUAGCGACGAGACCGAUAAGGCAGCCACCAAGGAAAUCGAGGAAGAAGCCGAAGGCAAGCCCAAGGAAGAGACCAAGGACGAAAAGAAGCCUGAGGAGGAGUCCAAGGCCAAGCGAGAGCUCCCCGAGAGCCACGGCUGGAACGGAUAUCCUGGACGAAGCGAAGAGACGGAUAUUCAAGAAUGCUUCCUUGACGCUGACCGCACGGUCCGAGUUCCCCAGCUUCGGUACUACAACGGCCGCCCUCAAGGAUUCCCCGAGCACGCUGUUGGAUCUUACGAAGUGCUGGAUCUGCCCGAGAACAUCUGCUUCGACCGUUAUGGCCGCUACGGACCCUACGGCUUUGGAUAUUCCUCGAGGAACGGUGGACUGAGUGUUGGAGAACAUGGCCAGAAGGAGGGCUCAGAUGCUGUUUGGGACAAGACCCCCAAGGUCGACUACCGACAGGUUGACUGGGCCGAGGUCCAGCGUCGCUGCUUCAAGGCCAACCAGGCCCGUUUCAAGGCCCUUCCUCCCAAGACUCUUACCCCUCACGGCUUCUUCAUCCACGAACCCAAGGCACCAGCACCAUCUGCUUCUCUUGAGCGCCGCGGCGUGGAGGUGGAAAAGACCAACCCAGGAAAGGAGGCUGCUACCCCUGAACCCACCGUCUCUAAGAGCGAGAAGCCCAAGACUGAGGAGGCCAAGUCUCAAGACUCCAAAUCCACGCAGUCCGCGCCUGCCGAGUCCAAGGCCACCGAGUCUAAAGCUGCCGAGUCUAAGGUUGCCGAGUCCAAGGCUGCUGAACCCGUACCUGUGGUAUCCAAGGCUGCAGAGCCAAAGGCUCAAGAGUCCAAGACCGAAGAAACCCACGAGACCAAGACUGAGAAGUCCAACUCUGCCAGCACCGAGCAGCCUAAGGCACCUCAAGUUAAGAAGGCACGCACUGCUGUCGUUGUACGCUGCUGGGACGAGUACCACUGGCGUGAAGAUGACAUCGCCAACAUUCGAUCCCUCAUCACCGAGCUGGCCGUGACAUCUGGCGGCCGUUAUGACAUCCACUUGCUUGUUCAGAUCAAGAACGAGGCUGCUCACCCUGUCUGGGCUGACCAGGACACCUACCGAGAGCGUAUCGAGGAGACCAUCCCCGAGGAAUUCAGGGGCCUGGUGACCCUCUGGUCAGAGACUCAGAUGCUGGCUCUCUACCAGGGCAUCUACGAUCACUUUUCUCGCGGUCCUGAUCUGCCCGUCCACGGCGUCUACCGCGGCCUCUCAAUGGCAAUGCAGUACUUUGCCUAUAUGCACCCCGAGUACGACUACUUCUGGCAGUGGGAGAUGGACGUGCGCUACACUGGCCACUACUACGACCUCUUUAGCAAGCUCGAGAACUGGGCCAGAGACCAGCCUCGCAAGGGUCUUUGGGAGCGUAACUCUCGCUUCUACUUCCCCAGCGUUCACGGUAGCUGGGAGGACUUUUCGCAGAUGGCUCGCGUUCAGAGCCAGAUGGGAGUUGUCGGUGCUGACAAUGUAUGGAAGAAGGUUCCUGGCCUCGAUCUAGAUGGCAAGUCUCCUGAUGCCGACACCAAGGGUGAUCGCACCGUCUGGGGCCCUCUGCGUUCCAACGAUGACAAUGACUGGUUUGAGCCAGGCAACGAUCCAGUCGCACCCACAUCCUACGAGAAGGACCACUACCAAUGGGGUGUCGGCGAGGAGGCUGAUUACAUCGCACUCAACCCUAUCUUCAACCCUGAGGGCACUUCUUGGGGUCUCAGGGAAGACAUCACGGGCUUCAACCGCACUGAAGGCCUGCCACCUCGCCGCGCCAACAUCAUCACAACUUCGCGCAUGUCUCGCAGACUUCUGACGACCAUGCACAAGAUGACAGCCUUUAAGAAGCAGUUUGCCUUCCCAGAGAUGUGGCCUGCCACCGUGGCUCUCCACCAUGGCUACAAGGCUGUCUCGGCGCCUCACCCUGUCUUUGUCGACCGGUCCUGGCCAACGGCGUACAUGGCUCAGGUCUACAACAACGGCCGCGAUGGCUCCAGUGGUGGUUCGCGGACGAGCAUCUUUGGAGACAGGGAGCACAACAUGCAUGGACUCUCGUGGUUCUACAACUCAGGUUUUGCGCCCAACCUGUAUCGCCGAUGGCUGGGACUCCGGGUGAACAAUGAUGGUGGUGAGGAGUUUGAGGCGACUGAGGAUAAGAGUAAGAAGGGCAAGGGCGUGGGCAACAUGCGUGGUGGCGAGGGAAGAAUGUGUCUUCCACCCAUGCUGCUGCAUCCUGUCAAGGAAGUUGAGCUGCCCGUUGAAGCCCCCAAGCCCGGCACUGAUGGCCAAGAAGGCCAGUCUGACCCCGGAGCAUAG